CCUGACAUUCCGGCUAUGCCAAUACCACCGCCACCUGGAAGAUCCAUUGCAGAAAUGGCAGGAGAGUCCGUUCUUAGCGAAUUGGGAUUAAUCUCAUGGUGGAAGCCGUCAAGUUAUUUCCGGAUGGCGCUGGAAGCCAUACAUAUGCAUGCAGAUCUUCCAUGGUGGGCCACUAUAGUCUGUGCCACCGUUGCUCUUCGGCUUGCUUUGAUUAUCGUUCCUAUUAUGUCUCAACGGCUGGUCGCUAAACAAAGUCAGUACAAGAAAGAGUUAGAUGAAUUUCGAGCACGUCUAGAAGAUGCUCGCAGAGAGGGCAACAAUCUUCUGCAGCAGCAAAUAUUUUUGGAGCAGCGGGACUUUUUGAAGUCGAAAGACAUACGUCUUGGACGGCAGUUCUUCAUUCUUUUAGCAAACGGAGCUGUUUUUGCUACACAGUUCUUCGCAAUUCGACGGAUGGUCGAUGUUAACUACCCCGGCCUUUCGACUGGAGGCACGGCAUGGUUUCCAGACUUGACCGUCACUGAUCCUUACUAUGCUCUACCUCUUAUUAGUGCAGUAACGAUGGGCUUGGUUACUCGAGUCGGCAUAGAAAUGGGUACGUCUGCUGACCAAAUGACUCCGGGAAUGCGGAUAGGAAUGCAGUAUGUAUUGCCGAUAAUUAUAUUUGGCGUCAGCUCGCAAUUUGCUACGGGCCUUUGCGUCUACUGGUGUGCCUCAAAUUUCAUUUCACUUCUAUAUGCGGGUGCAUUCCGAACGCCUGCGAUACGUAAAUUGUUUAACAUACCGCCAUUGGUUGUACAACCAAAAUCCAAGAAGCCCAAAAACUCGUUCAAGGAGCUUAUGGCUGGUUAUAAAGCUAAUAAAUCGAUACCUCCAACAUUUGCACAACUCAAAGAGCAAGAU